UGAGACUUUUUGUCUUCAGGCUUCUGUCAGGUGAUGGUUUUGGAAAAUACACCGUGUUUUACAAUUUAAUAGAAUAUUGUAUAUUGGGACUAUGACGCCAAAUAUUUUUAAAUUAUUUUACAUUCGAGAUACGUAACAAACAAUUUUAUACCAAAAUAAAAAUGGCUAACUUUGCGUUGCUCUGGAAGGCACGCAUUAUCGAGAAAUAUAGAUCGGAAUAUGAAAAAGAGAAAAGUAAUUCAGUGCUACAAACCAACGUUGAAGUUCCGAAAAACACAUUGAUGCAAAAAUGGUCAUAUUACAGCUAUAAUACUAAAAAACGUUUGGUAAAGAAGUUCAAACAUUUGUGCCCCGAAGGAUCGUCCGUAUCCAAUUUGCUUGUUUAUUUGACAACAGAUCAGACAUUUCCAAAUUUCCUAAUGAAGAGCGUCAUCGGAUUUAUUGGAGGGAUUGUAUUUACAUAUUUAUGCUUCAUGUUUUUCGUAUUUCAACUAUCAAUAUCUUUGAUGCAUGCUACAAUUAUGAGUUCGAUAAUCGGCGUCCUACUUACUCUAGGAUUGGCUUUUAGCUAUCGAGUAAGAUGUCUUGUAUUCCUGCUGAUACCGCAAUUCUUCUCCCGCGUGGGGAGAUAUACGUUGACCUGCUAUGCUCUAGUACUAAUACUAACCGGCCCUGCGACAAACACUUUAAAGAACUCUGAAGUAUUAUCCGAGUCAAUGGCCUGUCAUCAGGAACAAAUAAAGACCAGCGUGAAGGAUAUAACGGAUUCAAUAAAGAAUCCAUUUAACGCAAUGAAAGAUUGGAUAGAGACAAUGACUGAAGGUAUAAAAGGUAUCGCAAAGAAGUUAAAAACAACACUAAUUAGUACACAUCGAUUGGUGAUUAGUAUUGCCAAUGUUCUAGAAUCUUCCUUUCCAUGGUUGAAUUCGAUUACUAAGAAAUGUAACCAGAAGUUAGGGACGCCGUACAAGCAUUGCGUCCGUAUGUUGAACUUGGGUGGAGGUAGAUUGUUACGAUCUAAAGUACCCAGAUUCUUUAACUAUGAAUAUCUCGCUGAAGUAUCAUGUCAAUCUUUGAAACGCUUCAAAAGAAUAUUUGAAAUUGCUGAUUAUACCAGGACUACUAUUGUUGCGACGAUGAAAAGAAAGUUCAAGAGCUUUGCGAGUCGUGUCCAGUCGUUGCUCUGUGUCAAGAUUCACGUCCACCAUUCAUAUUCGUUUAGUAGCAAUGCCAGUCGCUCUGCCAGUCAAGUCGCGGCUGGCAUCGUCACUGAGAUCAGGAAUAGAGCUGAUCCAUUACUGACUUGGCUGUCUUGGAGCUCCUGUGUUACUAGCUUGUUUCUAUUGCUCAUUAUUUUUAGGGCGAAAAAAUACCAACACAUGUACGAUACAAGAUCUCGUUUCGACAAUCGUUAUAUUACUAAAGAGCUUAGGAAUUUGGAUUUUGAAAGGCUCAAAGAAGGCAAAGAAACGGUUCUGCCGUUGAAUCGUCGAGAGAAAGCCAAGUAUAUUACUACAACUUCAUUUAGAUUAUUGGCGUCAGAGAAAAUCUAUCUUACUCGAUCUAUUGUUCAUAUGGUGAUUACAACAUUUAAGCUACUUAUUCAUAUGGCUGCAGACUACAGUCUGUAUUGGGUUUUGAUGACGAUACGAUAUCAUGAAAGAUUCCAAACGCCUUUGCAACCUGGACCUACAAAUGCGGGUGUGCAUGUAUCAGGCAAUGGUCCUGUGGCAGAAAUGCUUCGUUCUUUGAUUGGAUUCUUGACUUUACCUCUGUCUGCACACCCUUCUUCUACAGUCUCCUGUCUACCUAACCCUGAUCCACCUGAUUUGUAUCGUUAUACACAAAUCGGUGUACUCAUAUUUCUUCUAUGGUUCUUUGCUCUGUUCGAGCCUUAUGGACUAAGACUGAGCCAUGUUAUAAUGGGACAUUAUCGACCGGAACGCGCUAAAGCCAGAGCCUUAUGGCUUUACAACCACAUAUUAAAGAGUAGAGGUGGUUUUAUGAAGUUCGCAAGAAGAAAGUUGCAUAAAGAAUAUAAGUAUUUUAAAAAAGAUGAACAUACUUUCGUGGAAUGGCUGGAUUCUUUUUUACCAUGCUGGUGGUUACGUUGUUUAUUAGGAACUAUACCAAAAGAACCAAAUUGUUUACUAUGUGGAACUGUUGAAGAGCCAAAUAAAUUAGAUUCUAAACUUGUCAGAUGUGAUACUAUAAAAUGUCCUGGAGUCUAUUGCCAACAUUGCUUCAAUGAUUUGGGACAGUUAUGUACAAUUUGCUUGAACCCUGUGGACUACGGCGACUUAAGUGAUGUUAGUUUAGAAAAAGGUUCUUCCGAAGAUAGUAACAGUGAUUGUCAGGAUUUCGAUGAUCAAAUGGACGCUGAGGAUGAUGAAAAUUUUAAACAAGACCACAAUACUAUUGACAAACAAAAAAACAUCUGUCGGUUUGAAUUAUUGCCAAAAAAUCAAACCGAUGCAAGAAAUUUGUUUAUAUCUCAAACAAAAAGUAAAUUUACAGAAGAGAAUUCAUACAGAUUUAAGAAUGGUCGACGUCCUCUUGCUGAACUGAAUGGGAAUCAAAGGAAAGAAGACAUUUUACAAAAUUUCCAUAAUGGUUAUCACCUUGAUGUAAAAUUUGAAACGAAUUUACUGCCUUUAAGUGUAUCUAGUAAACAAUACAGUAAUAUAUAUCCUAGCAGCACUUAUUACCCUACAAGUGUUGAUGAAAAAGUUGAAAAAAAUUGGAGAAUAUCUAAACACAAUGUGAAAUUCCAACUCGAUAAAGAUUACCAUAAACAUUCAAAAGAAAAUAAAGAAAACAAUGAUUCUAGAAGACUUUAUUCAAAGUAUAAUGAUGCUGGAGACAAUUUUAAAUAUAGGAGGAAAAUUAAAGAAAAGAUUGACGGAAUUAAACAGAAGCCAAACCUUAUUGAUUAUCUGAGAAGUAAAAUAAGCAAGAUGCAAUUUCGUAGAGUAAAACUAUUUUCCACAAGUCUACCUACAUUGUGCGAUUCUAAAUAUAGCUCCUACAAAUCCAGGAAUAACUUGCACAUCUUAGCAUCAGGUUGCAGUGAUUAUCCUUCCCCAAGAUCUAGUUACUAUGAGAUCAAAUUUAAAGCCAGCUCUCUAACUGUUUGUAGAGUGGAACAAUCUAAUAAAUUUGCCAAAAAUCUGCGACAUAAUUACAAAAGCAUUAUACGGUGCAGCAGCAAAGAUAGGAAAAGUAAUUCUCGUCUGUUCGCCAAUGAAACUGAUUAUUGCAGCUGCGAUUACAACUUCAUAGAACCGCAGAAUGUGUCUGAUUAUUGUAAAAGUUCUUGCUUUAUAAAAUCUAAUAAAUCAGAAACGAAUUCUAAACAAACGUUGGACAAUAAAAAAUCUAGUAAAACGCCUCAGGAUGAAUCUAACAAAGAAGAUUUAUCUAAAACUAACGAAGGCAAUGAUAAUUCAGCAGGUCAAGGUGAUAAGCAAGAACCUAAUAAACCCGAGAGUAAAAGCACUUGUCGUUGCAUCAAGCGUAUGCGUAGGUUAUGCUUCUGUCGACAUAGGAAAUUCAGUUUCACCCCGUGUUCAGUUUUCAAAAAGGUGUUCAGAAGUAACAAGAAAAUCUCACCCAGAUCUCAGAAAACUAAUCAUAAAAAGAGAAAAAAGAACAACAGUCACUCUUCAAGUCGUAAAAGCGAUGAAAAUAUCAAAGAAGAUGAAGCUGCUAGAAUUUAUAGACUGUCUGAAUACAUCGGCCAACAGGAUUGGAAGAAAACACAAUUUAGUAAAUCUAAUCAUUUGGAAUUAAAAAAGAGGAAGAUAUUUAGAACUAAUUCAGCUAAAAGUCUGCACAGACUUAAACUUCAUUCUGGAUCUAAAAUGGUCGAUGUUGUUAAUGUCCCAAAAGCUAAACAAAAGAAGAAUAGAAACAAUAGGAAAUUAAUAAAUGCAAUUGAAGAUGUAAUAGCUGGACAAGAAACUGAUAUUGAAUUGAAAUCAAAUUCGAAGAAAAUGACCAUCACAACAGGAGACGAUACCACGAAAACACCGAAAUCCUUACUGACACACAAAUGGUUUAAUAAUUACUACUCCUUACUACCGAAUACAUCAUCAUUUUCUUUGAGAACGAUUAUGAAGGCAAAGAGAGCAGCAAACUCUGUCUCUGAUUAUGGAAUGUCUCGAAGUUUAAGAUAUUAUUGUUCCAUAGGAAAUACUGAAUUUGAUCAAAUUGAUUGGCCGGAUGCAUUUAAAACUAGAGGUCUAACGAAACAUUUAUUGAAAAAGGAAGAAGGAACUUUGAAAUCGUUAAAGGGAGAGAGUGAAGCCUCCCCGUAUCACAGCUGUUGCUGCAGUUCCGAAGAUAUAUCCAAGAAAUAUUUGAACAAUUUUAAACAUUACCAACCCAAUAAUUUAGGCACAUCUUCGGUUACGUUUAAUUUCAAAACUGAAUUUGAAAUGCUAUCGAAACCGGUUCGCGGUAUUAAACUUAAAUCCAUCAAACAUGCAAUGUCUGAUCGGUUUCUACAUUUGAGAUUAAGAAAUCCACUGCCGUUGGUAAGAGAUUUUUACUCGAGUAUGCUUGAUGCGAAAAUGAGAAAAACACAUGGUAAAGAAAACGACGGUAAAUGUAAAGCCGUAACGGUUCAUCCGAGACGUAAAUCAGCGACUUGCCAGUGCGACGGUGUCUGCGACGCUGAAUUAGGCGACUGUCCAAAUUAUGAAUUUAAGAAAGAACGAGUUGAAUCGACCAAUCGACGCCCUAUGCUGGAUACCUCGUGUGAGACACGAGAAUUGCUGGUACAGAAGCCAGAGUUGUCGAAGACGUCGACAGGGAAUCAGGCCGCUUUUGAAAUGAAUCGGAGAGAAUAUCCAACAUCAACAUCUAACAACAGUCUUUCUACAGUUAACAUCAGAAGUAUGUCUUUCCUCAUCGUACAAAAAUCCAGAGAGCAGCCCAGCAACACAGACCCAAUGCAAAGGGUGGAAACAGUUAAUAAAAGUGUUGACACUUCACACUCGGUAUUACGUCAGAGAAAUGAAAUAACAAACACGACACCAAUGCACAACAAGACACACACAGCUGUCGGCUCCAGUCAUUUUGUAGAGACGGUAUAUCGUGCUGUAGUGUUCUGA